CACAGCUCUUGUUUGAUAACAUUGGGGCUGCAACACCACAGCAAGGGCGGCGGUGUAAUAUCUAUCCCAGCUGUGAAGCUUAAUGCCGCGAUUUAAGGAUCAGCGAAUGUUAAUUGUAAUUUGAAGCGUUCAAGUGUUUGCACAGCAGGUCCCUCUCCGUCUGCAUCCUCUCCAGUGAUCUGCUGUCAGGGUGAUGUCAGCAGCCUGUCUUGCGCACCUGGCAAGGUGCGGUAGGCCUCCCAUGGGUCGCAGUGGUCUGUUGCAGAUGGCUUUGGUCGCACUCCCACUCCAACUGGACAGUCAGCUUCACUUUAAUAUCUUCCGGAGACAGUUUUACUGCCCUUCAGAACUACGACCCAGCAACACACGCUUUGACCCAGACAGCAGUGGUCGCCCCACCACUUGGGACUCGUUUGGCAUCUGGGACAACCGUAUUGAUGAGCCCAUUCUGCUGCCACCCAGCAUCCGUUAUGGCAAGCCCAUUCCCAAGGUCAGUCUGUCAAAAGUGGGCUGUGCUUCGCUCAUUGGUCAGCGUAGAGAAAAUGAGGACCGCUUCCAGGUUUCCCAGAUGACUGACAGCAUCCUCUACUUUGCCGUCUUUGAUGGUCAUGGUGGGCCAGAAGCAGCUGACUUUUGUGAUAAAUACAUGGAGAAAUAUAUCAAGGACCUCUUGGCAGGCGAGGACAAUCUUGAAUUAGUUUUAACAAAAGCCUUCCUUGAAGUAGACAAAGCUCUCGCAAAGCACUUGCACUUCUCUCCAAAUGGACCUGGGAUGAAUGCAGGGUCUACCGCCACAGUGGCACUGCUGAGGGAUGGCAUUGAACUGGUGGUGGCUAGUGUCGGCGACAGCCGUGCCAUGCUGUGCCGCAAGGGCAAGGCUGUUAAACUCACCGUGGACCACACUCCUGAAAGGAAGGAUGAGAAAGAGAGGAUAAAGAAGAGUGGAGGUUUUGUGACCUGGAAUAGUCUGGGGCAGCCGCACGUCAACGGCAGGUUGGCCAUGACACGCAGCAUCGGAGAUUUUGACCUCAAGAACAUGGGGGUAAUCGCCGAGCCUGAAACCAGGAGGAUAUCGUUGACCCAUGUUCACGACGCAUUCCUGGCUCUGACCACAGAUGGCAUCAACUUCAUCAUGAACAGCCAGGAGAUCUGCGAUGUCAUCAAUCAGUGCCAUGACCCCAAAGAGGCUGCCCAGAGGAUAUCUGACCAGGCUCUUCAAUACGGCUCAGAGGACAACAGCACGAUUAUUGUGGUUCCCUUCGGUGCCUGGGGGAAGCAGAAGAGUUCAGAUACUAGCUUCUCCUUCAGCCGAAGUUUUGUGUCCAGUGGCCGCUGGGCUUAGUCGACAGGAUGUUAGGAGUAGAAUGGAAUGGUCUGUGGACCUGAUUAAUGUGCAAUACAGUCUUUGAACAGGGAUGAAGGGUGCAGUUUGCCCAAGUAAUGCCUUAGGGAUCCAACAUGUUAUGGAUUAGCAUGGUAUUUAUUGGCCUCAGUGAAAGGAGAGGCAGCGGAUUCAUUAUGUGCACUAAAUGAAACACGUCCUUUGCAUAGAGGGUUUUAUUUUCCUCAGAAGCCAAUGACCUCAUAGGUGCUUGAUAACCAAGAAGUUUCUCAAUGGCAAACAGGUAUUCAUGAUGACAUGCAAGCUAUCUGUGAACAAAUAUGUAGCCUGCCUGUUCAUCAUGGACUGAUUAGACUUUGAGACUUGUAUGUUAUUAACUUUCCCAGAAUUGCACUUUUUAUUUUCAAGGUACAUUGAGCUAAUGUUAAAGGUGUGUCUUUGGCAGCAUGGUGCACCUGUUUUUUUUUUUUUUUUUUUUUUUUUUUUUUUUUUUUUUACCAGUUUGUUUUGAAUUCUAUAGACUUUUAGUUUGGCCCGUUUCUCAGUGUUAAGGCCAGGACUACACACCUCAGAGAGAGCAGGGAAAUAUGGAGGAGUUGUCAUUUCAAUUGGAAUUACAUUGCAUUCUCUCAUAAUACAAAAAUACAAAAUUGAUGUUCUAAUUUGGCUCUAAUCACUGACAAAUCCACUUUGAUUUACAAGGUAGAGCAUUGCCACUGAGGACUUAUGAAACAACUGUAAUACAAACAUAGGGAGAAGAAGUUAUUAUGGGGGUCCAGUUACUUUGUCAUGGGCUAAGUCUGGUACUAUAACUACUAUUUCCAGUGGAGAUCUCUAUUGUUUUAAGUCUAGGACUUGUUUUUAUCUGUAUCUGAGCACCCAGCCCUUAGAGAAUUAACAGGGGAUCCAUAUCUAAGCUUUUGAAAAUGGUUUUGGCCUGACUGUGGACCUUAAGUAAUUUUCAGUGUUCCAGUUGUCUCAUUCUUCUGGGCAUCUCCAUUCCUGAGCGGUGCUCAUUAAUGUUGUACUGUUCACAUCCCUAUCGCACAAAUUUGAAGGGUGGGAGGAAAUUUCCAGAAACCCAAUGUCAAAUCCAGUGGUUCAGCAAAUGACGUGAAUGAAGCUAGAUUAUGCUAUGGCAGCAUAUAGCAGUUCAACAUGAUGAUUAGGACAUGUUUGGAAACAUGUUCAUAAUUUUCCUUGUAUUUAAACCAUUGUUCAUACAUGCAGCUGAGGUUGUAUCUACACUGACACAAGACAGGUUUUGCUAAUGUGCUUAAAAAAAGUUCUUUAGGUACAGAAGUGUCCUGUUUAUGUUUUGUAAAUAAUUAUAUUUAUGUACAUUUUGUUAUGUCUGUAAUAUAUACACCUCUCUAUGUUGCAUUUACUGGAUUAUGAUUAAGAGAUUCUCACAUAUCGGAAUACUUAACCAAAUGUGUACAUGCACCACGCUUUUGCCUAGAUGUUGUAUUUUACUAAGCCAACUUCCUAUAAGAAUCAAACAUGCAAUAUUAUGGUGCUUGUAGUUCAGUUAGUAACAAUCAGCAGUUCCCUGUGUCUAUGACUUCUGUGUCACUCAUACAGAAAGCACAUUUAAUGCAACACAAAUGAAAAGAAUUGCUUAGGUUAGAGCCAUAUCUGACAUGUGAAUGUUUGCUUAAAUACCCUCCACGACCGGAAAAUACAAUCAAAUCCUGUUGGAAAUACAACAACAAUUAAACUUUUCCUUUCUUGGUUGAACUAAGGUUAGCCUUCCUUUCAUUGAUAAUAAAAGGAAGGCUUCAGUGGUCAGAUUGCCUGUACAGUUUCUGUUCACUGUUGAUAUGCUUUCCUUGUUGAGUGGUUGUCAAACUUAGAAGAAAUGCAAAACUUAAUAUUUGUGAGUGCUGUUAAAAUUUUGCACCACUCAUGUUCUAUUCAUGAUACUGUUGCAGUUGUAGAGCUCCAACGAUUAGUCGCAUAAUCAGUGAGUCAGUAACUAUUAGAUUAAUCACCAACUAUUUCGAUUAUUGAUUAAUCGUUUUGAGUCAUUUUAAAAAAGAAAAUUUCCAGAUUCUCUGAUCCCAGCUCUCAAAGGUGAAUCAUUUCUGGUUAACUAAUACUGUUUGUGGGUUGUUAACUUGGUUGGGACAAAACAAGACAUUUGAGGAUCCCAACUUGGGCUGUGGGAAAGUGUGAUCAACAUUUUUCAACAUUUUCUGACAUUUUAUGGACCAAACAACUAAUUGUUUAAUCAAUAAUGAAAAUAAUCGUUGCAGCUCUAUGCAGUUGUGUGACCUCCAGCUUUCCUCAGACUCCAUGUAUAAAUCUUAUGUAAAUACUGUUUUUCCCUUCUUCACAUAUAGAAUUAAGCCUUGAUUCAUGAUAAGGAUUUUGUCAUUACACUCUUCUCAUCUGUGAAAUUUAUAAUAGCAUAUUCAGUUUUUAUUGUGUGUUGAACAGCUGCUUUGCAACCAUAUCCAUCUGUAGCCAAGGAGCUGUUCCUGGGACCUAAAAGUGACUCUUUGAAUCAGACUGUUAACACUGUAUUAAAUACAGUAAAUGGCUUGUGACUCAUGUAAUAUACUGUUGAAAACUCCUCAAAUUAAAAAUGAUCAAUCAAAA